UUCAGAUAUAGCGUCUCGUACUCAACAUGAACGCGAUAGUUCACCAACUUCGAUAUUACUUACCCCCUCAACGAUCAUCGCGAAUGAGGGCAACCCACCUGUCACUAUGGACGAAUUAUCCGUCAUUCAAUUCAAACCCCUAGAGGUCUCUGAGCCAGCGCAGUCGCCGGGACCUGAGCCUGUGCUUGAGCCUGAGCCUGAGUCGCAGGAUCAAUCUCACCCCCCUGUAGUCCGCCUGCCACCUUUAAGUCAUUCACCGCCUCCAGUUCACUCACCGGAUCACCUGCCAUCGCAUCUCCCAGCAGCUGAAAGUGAUGUUAUGAUGGCUGACGAAGACGAAAGUAGGCAAGUUCUAUCACUUGUGCCGAUGGAUAACUCAACCCAAACGAGUAUCACGGAGCCAAUGGAGGCGGAGCAACUAGACGAUUCACUCGACAUGGACGCCGAGGGUGAAAUCGACGAUGAGGUCGCUAUCCCGUUAUGAGAAUGAUCUAUAUUUGUGAUCAUAUGUACAUUCUCACCUGAAUAUAGGGCUGGGAGAUGGUAGUUCGAGGUAAAGAUCUAUCGGCGUUGGAUUUUCGACAAUACUAUUUACGAUCUUGGUAGAUUUAGGUCUUGUUUUAUGCUCUUUUGAUUCUCAUCUUAAAUAUACAAUAGCUCUCGAUCACACGAUAUCUAUAUAUCUAUGAUAUACUAUAGUUGCUGUAACAUCUAGUCAUUUUCCUGGAUUAUUCGCUCA